AUGGCACAUCUUACACUCAAUAUUUUAGCUGGAUGUGUCUUUGGAAUGAGUGCUCAAAAUGAAAAACCAGCCUACGAAACAGUUACUCGCAAUAUUGCUGUGGCAUUGGACGAAGUGGAGAAACGAGCUUUUAAGUUACUGGCUAUAAUUCCACUUGUUAAUCGAUUACCAUUGCCAAGCAAAUUACGCAUUGAUGCAUCGAUGAGAGAAGUUAGACGCGUUGUUCAACACAUUAUUGAUGAACGAAAGAAAGGCUUGUCAAAGUCGGCUUGUAAAGGACCUGACUUACUUGAUCUAUUGUUAGCGGCACGGGACGAUGGUAAACAGAAAAAGUUUACUGAUGAAGAAAUCUAUGAGGAAGCAAUCACUUUUGUAAGUGCCGGUCAUGAAACCACGUCAAAUUUGAUGACAUGGGCACUCUACAAUCUGGCAGCGAACCCCGAGGUGUACCAGCGUUGUUUGGAUGAAGUUGAUUCAGUGAUGAGCAUUGAUAAUGAAUUCAACGCUUCAAUGCUUUCUCUACUUCCCUAUACGGAAGCGGUAUUGAAAGAAACAUUGCGACUUUAUCCCCCAGUGCCUCUGCUGUUUCGUACAGCAGUUGAAGACAAUACUUUGGUAGCUAGUGAUGGUAAACAUAUCCAUGUCAAGAAAGGAACAGAACUUGUUCUCAAUUUAUACAUGCUUCAUCACUCAGAGAAAUAUUGGCCAGAACCAUCCAAGUUCGAUCCAUCAAGAUUUGAUCAGGGCCAAUCAGAAGCAUUUCUACCAUUUGCUGCUGGCUCUCGUUCAUGUAUUGGGCAAAAUUUCGCAAUGAUAGAAGCUAAAAUCCUAUUAGCUACCAUCCUGCAACAAUUUCAUUUUGAACUUGUGCCUGAUCAGACGUAUGUUCCAGCUGUUGCCAUUACCAUGAGACCUAGUGUUUGGCUCGAUGCACAAGUCAAUGCAACAGAAGAUAAUCGCAAUACACAACGGAAACUUGGAGAAAUUAUUAAUCAUCUUAAAACAUUUGAUGAUGAAAAUCUAUGUCAUCAAAAUAUUUCGUCAUUGUUUCCACAAGAUCGACUGGUUCUUAUCAUCAGUGGUCGAUGUGGUCGAUAA